AUGAUAUUGUCCUCUUUUAAAAUAUUUACCUCUUUCCUGGCUCUCGCCAGCGCAGUACGUGCCAAGUCACACUGCAAACUCUCUCCCCUUGACGCUGAGUGGCCUUCUACCGAGGAAUGGGCCGCGCUGAACGCAUCAAUCCAAGGAACCCUGAUCAAGACAGCCCCGGUGGCGUCGUCCUGCUACCCGGGAAAUCCCUUUGGCUCGACUGAAAAUUGCACGACGGUGAAGAACUAUUGGUCGUAUGCUGCGUAUCACUCCGCCUGGCCUGAGAGCGUUGAUUAUUCGAUCUAUACCAACAACUCAUGCGUGCCUCCUGGUGUUGCAGGAUACACGGAGGGCCGGGGCUGUAGCAUCGGAGCUCUCCCACAGUAUAUUGUCAAUGCUACUACUGAGGAGCAGGUAGCGAAGGCAAUGCAGUGGGCGUCCAAACGAGAUAUUCGUAUCGUCGUUAAGGGAACAGGCCAUGAUCUCAGUGGGCGAUCUACCGGCGCAUACUCGCUUUCUAUUUGGACACACAACUUCAAGCAUAUCGUGCAUCGGCCUUCAUGGCCUGUGCCGGCCUCUAACCGCACUGCAGACGUCGUGAUCAUAGGGAGUGGCAACACCUGGGGAUCUAUAUACGCUGCCGUUCAUGCAAUGAACCGCACCGUUGUCGGCGGAGAAGACGCCACCGUAGGACCGGGCGGGUUGAUUCAGAACGGGGGUCACGGUCUACUUUCUAGCCACUACGGCCUGGCCUCAGAUCAGGUGUACCAGGUCACAGUGAUCACGACGGAAGGUCGUCGUCUAGUGGCCAACCAUGCCGAGAAUGAAGAUCUCUUUUGGGCUGUCCGAGGUGGUGGUGGAGGCCAGUUCGGCGUUGUCACCGAGUUUGUUCUCAAGACAUACCCUGUGCCUGCGAACGUUGUCACUGGCGGUCUUUCAUUCUAUCCCAGUCGCCGUGGGAAGGCGAGUGAGCUCGCCUCAUGGAAUGCCUUUGCGGAAACUGCGCGCAUGAUUCCCGAUUUGAUGGACUCGGGUCUGACGGGGACUGUCACGGCAUUGACGAAGGAGGACGCCAUGAUUCUUACCGGCGUCAACGAGACGAUCCAGGGUGUGGCAGUCACCAUCAGCCUCAUUGGAUUCAAUAUGACGACGAAGCAAAUGAACAUCUCCCUUCACCUCCUCGCAGCGCGCAUCACGAAUUACCACAAUUCAAGCGCCCUUUCACUGAAAUAUCAGCCCCCCUCGGCUCACAGCUAUUGGACUUUGGUGAACCCCGACCCGAUGGCCAGCAAGGCCUCUGGCGCUAGUAGUUCCAUGAGCAGUCGCCUUCUGGGCCGUCGAGAGCUCACCGAACUCCCCAAAGCCAAUCUAAUCACACAUCUCCAACAAAUCCUUGUAUCCCAGGAACCAGAAAAGGGUGCAAUGCUCCUCCUGGGCCUGCAGGGCGGUCGCGGACCAGCCACCACGCCACCAGAAAUGCGCGGUAGCGUGCUACCGGCCUGGCGCUCCGCAUACGUCCACACCAUGCUCUAUGGUGCAAUCAACGAUACUGCAGAUCCAGCUGAGGCUUUGGUGACGGCCGCAGAAUGGUAUGAGUCGACCGUAGAACCGGCUUGGAGGCGCUGGGCCCCGGAGACGGGUUCUUACAUGAAUGAGGGAAACGCUUUCAGUAGGACUUGGAAGAAGGACUUUUAUGGUGAGAACUAUGACCGGCUGCUUGCGGUUAAGCGGAGGUAUGACCCGGACGAGAGUCUUUUUGUCUGGAGUGGUGUCGGGAGUGAUAAGUGGGAUUAUGAUUUACGGAGUGGGCUGCUUUGUCAGAGGUAG